UCUCACUCUGAGCAUUCUUAACUUAAUAAGGUUAUUCAGAAGCAGAGUGAUUCGUGGUAUGGCUUGACUUGUUUUAUAACACAGCGUUUUGCUUCUUAUAUUUCACCUCUGACAGCUUUUGCAAAGUUUUGAUUUGAUAGGACUAGAACAGUGAGGGCAUUAGGACCAGGAGAAAGACGCACACGUUGCUCUGUAUUGUGUCUGGCAAAGUGCUUCCUGACUGAGUGCUGUAGUUAUGUGUGAAGCAAAGUCAGGGACCGACUAGUUCUCAUCUGUUGAUCACAGUGAACUUGAAGCCUCAGACGGGGGAAAGCUGUCAGAUCUGCUUUCAGAGAUAAGGCACACGAAACCAGGCAGCGACUGGAAACUCUGAAGAAGCAGGAAAUAGUCUGGAAGGAAACUAUAAGAAAUGGAAUUUCUUUUUACCUAGAAUUUAAAAAGGAAAACAUCAAAACUUAAGCUACUCUUUUCAUUUGCUAAACAUGCUCUUUCCUGACUGAGCAGGGACUCCGUAACAACAGAUCUACUUCAUCUCACUGGAUCCAUGCUGCCUUUUACUACAUAUGUUCUUGAGGAAGAAGUGCAGAUAUGGAUCACGUAAGCUGCAGUUUCUCUUGCUGUUGCUGAUGCUGGGCUUUUUGCUGCUGAUGGUUACAACGCUGAAUCCACCAGCCAGCAACCGGAGCAAGGACGGGACUUUCCAGCCUGUGGAGUUCAACCCCCAGGAAGGGCACCAGGUGGACUUUGUGGAGACCCAAGAGAUGCUGGAGACCCAGGAGGAGAGCCAGCAGUACUACCCCUUGGACGGGCUGUCGCCGUUCAUCUCCCUGCGGGAGGAUGAAUUGAUCGCGGCCGUCGUGUCCCCCACGGGUCGAAGGAACCACAGCAAGGCCAGGAAAGGCUACCGAGUGGUGAAGCAGCAAAGCAGGCGGCCGGAGGCCAAGGAGGGGGACCCCGAGUCCCAGCUCCUGUCCCUGCCUCUGGGGGAAAGCAAAGGGGCUGCAACGGGGGAGCGCCCGCUCGGCUUGGAAACCCACGGCUUUAACGAAGCACUGAGCGAGCGGAUCUCUCUGCGUAGGGAGCUGCCUGAGGUACGACACCCGUUGUGCCUACAGCAGGAAUAUGAAUCCAGCCUGCCUACUGCUAGUGUCAUCAUCUGUUUCCAUGAUGAAGCCUGGUCUACACUGCUGAGAACAGUGCACAGCAUUAUAGACACAGCCCCGAAGGCCUCCCUCAAGGAUAUCAUCCUAGUGGAUGACCUGAGCCAGCAAGGGCCCCUGAAGUCAGCCCUGAGUGAAUACAUCUCGAAGCUGGACAGCGUGAAGCUGAUCCGGAGCAACAAGAGGCUUGGAGUCAUCCGAGGUCGGAUGCUAGGGGCUGCGCGGGCAACGGGAGAUGUGCUCGUCUUCAUGGAUUCACACUGCGAGUGUCAGAAGGGCUGGCUGGAACCGCUCCUCUCCAGGCUGUCCAGCAACCGCAACAGCAUCGUCUCCCCUGUCAUAGAUGUCAUAGACUGGAAGACUUUUCAGUACCAGCACUCUGCGAGCCUGCAUCGAGGUGUUUUUGAUUGGAAACUAGAUUUUCACUGGGAACCAGUGCCAGAGCAUGAAGAGAAGGUACGACAGUCUCCCACCAGCCCUAUCAGGAGUCCUGCAGUAGCUGGUGCAGUAGUUGCCAUGGAUCGCCACUACUUCCAAAACAUUGGAGCUUAUGAUUCUGACAUGACCAUGUGGGGAGCGGAAAAUCUAGAGCUAUCUAUAAGGACCUGGCUCUGCGGUGGCUCUGUAGAAAUCAUUCCAUGCUCCCAUGUUGGCCAUGUCUAUCGAAACCACAUUCCCCAUGCUUUCUCCUAUGAAGAAGCCAUUGUAAGGAACAAAAUCCGAAUAGCAGAGACUUGGCUGGGUGCUUUCAAAGAGAACUUCUACAAGAAUGACACAGUGGCUUUCCUAAUCAGCAAGGCAGAGAAGCCAGACUGCAGUGAGCGUCUCCAGCUACAGAAGAGACUAGGCUGUAGAAGUUUCCAGUGGUUUAUAACAAAUGUGUACCCUGAGCUCUCCCGGCCUGAAGACACACCAAGAUUCUCUGGCAAGCUUUACAAUACUGGUGCUGGCUUCUGUGCAGAUUACAGACCUGGAAAGGCAAUGGCAGAUGGCUCUAUCAAACUCUCUCCUUGCAGUAACAGCCUCAGCCAGCACUUUGAAUAUAAUAGCAUGAAGGAAAUCCGUCUCGGGUCUGCUCCACUGUUUUGCCUUGAUGUCAGACAUGGGAAGGUUAUCCCUCAAAACUGCACAAAGGAGACAGACAACAGCGAGCAGCACUGGGACGUCCAGGAGAACGGAAUGAUCGUGCAUGCCCUUUCUGGAAAAUGCAUAGAAGCAGUGAAGAGUGAAGAUGAGAAGGACUUGUUUUUGUCAGUAUGUAACAAGAACACAAAUCAGCUGUGGCAAUUUGAACGUUCCCAAGGGCUACAUCAGAGAUGACUGGUAGGUCUGUGGGGAGAUCAAGCCUCCAAAAUUUAGCAUUACUUCUCCUUGGGAUUCAAGAUACGCACACUUCCUACAAGGAAAAGAAAGAUGUUUGUAUUUGCUGUAGUAUACAAGGAAGCUAGGAAGGUCUCUCCUUCAAAAGCCGGCUCAAACAGUUGCUGCUGGUUCCUAGUUUUUCAGCUGUCGCUAAAAUUUCCAUUAUUCUGUGAAGCAGGGAAUAAAGAUACUGUGAGCAUCAACAGGUCCUCAACUCUGCUACUGCAGAAGACAGUUCAGUUUACCAUCUGAAGGAAAUGUGGAAAACUGGCUGCCAGAAAGCUUGUCUUCCAGCCUACUCUGUGACUUCUGAGGAUAGAUGAAAAUGAAUGUUAGGGAAACACUUGAAACUGUAAGAGGACAUCAGCCAAAUCAAGAGGGGAGUUUUAUCUAGUUGCACAGUGCACUUGACUCAUAUAAAACAAAGUAGGUUUUGUAUGUAUAAAAGUAGUAGGUGCUUUCAUGUGUAAUAGCUAAAAUCUUGUUUUCCAGCCUGAGCCAAAUUUCUACCAUCCGUAAGACAGCACAAUUCAUAAAUUAGUACUUAAUUAGGCACUAACUGCUCUAAUUGCUUUGGAAUACCAACAUUCCGCAGAGUUUGGCACAUCCUUCCUUAUAUCCUUCAUCCAGAGUCUAAUUUGGAUGGGAUAAUGAGACUGAAUUAUUAACAACUUUUUUGUUUCAGUUUUCAUGAAAUCUAAGAACAACUCUUAGAAAAACUUUUGUGGAAUGUGGAAGAAAACUGAAGCAGAUUUGAGAGCAGACUAGCAGCUCUCGUGCUUACUUUGAAAUUGAAAGUACCACUGACAUUAAUUUGUUCUUAUAAAGCUUUGGGAUGAGCUCAUUGUUAUUGCAGUGACAGAAGUGCUGGUUGGAAAGAAUAAACAAUGGGAAAUGAGAAGUUUCACCACCAGCUAUCUAGGAAGAAAAUACUGAUGUCUGCUUCUACUUGCUUGCUGCCCACUGUACAGACUAAGUCUUCUACACUGUGAGUUUUAGACACAAAGAUCUUUUAGAUUGUUGCUGUCAUGGGUCUCCUAGGUGAUCUGCAAAAGGCAACAACAUGAGUAAUUUUCUAAAGAAGCUUCUUCUGUAGAGCCUGCAUCCCUUCUGACCUCUCAUCUCUCACAGAAGUGAAUGAGAGUUCAUGUUAGGUAAUGAGAAUGGUCUCAGUACGCGCUAACAAAGCGAACUUCAAUCAAUAUUUUGUUAGGGCACUUGCAAUUUUGGAGUUAAAACAAAGAAUGAUGACACUUUCCAAGAGCCUUGUAGGACAGAAGAAUAAAGAUCUGGGAGUUUUCCCAUGUCGGCUCCACACCUGAUUUAUUGUAUAAAGCAAUCGUAUACACAUAUAUUUAUUAAGGGGAGAGGACAUUGUUAAUGAAACCUAAUGUGAUGUUGAUAUUUUUUUCAAGAGACAGAAAGAAAAUUGCUUUUUUAUAAAAUGUACAGCGUAUUGCAUGAGCUUCAGACAAAGGAAGGAACGACAGAAUACUCAGCUUAGAGUAUUCCAGUCACCGGCUCUUGGUUAACCAUAAUACAUUUGUUUCAAGCAUACAAAAUUGGCUACAACAGAAGACACGAAGAGCAUUCUGUGUUAUGUUGUCCAAAAAAUUCCCCACUGAGGUCCCUGCUUGGUUUGAGUGCUGCAGUUUCCACAUCAUGUUCAGGCACCACUCCAACUGCUCUAAUUACCACUUACUCUUUCUUUGAUAGCAUCAGAACCUAAUGACAUUUGCUGCUAUGUCAUUUAAAAUUCCCUGUGACACUCUUGAAGACACUUCAAUUUUUAAUUGAAAGGAUGGUAACAGCUUCCAGAACAACAAGUGAUCUAUGAUCAUUGCCAGAUCUAGGAUGAGAAAAGACAUUUUCUAAAAUCACAGAAAAGUUGAGUGAAAUGCUGUUUUAAUGAAAUGUGAUUCCUUUUCUUUUUUUUAAUUAUGACAGAUUUUUUAAUUAUGUAUUAUUUAUUCUAUUUUAGACUACACUCAUUCCUUCAGCGUUUUGCUUCAUGUUUCAAAAAUGUUUAUACAAAUAUGAUAACUGAUCACAAGUGGGAUUUAUCAUCAAGAAGAAUAAAAAUAUUUUUGUUCAGAGAGGAAAAGUUUGGAAUAAAACUUAAAAGCUGUGGCGAUCCUCAUCUUAUAUUGCUUUUUAACAUAAUUGUAAAAGCCUAGAAAAUAAGGUGUGCUGUAGAUAUGUGUACAAUAAAAAAGUAUGUUGCAUAAUAUCUCUUCCAACAAUAAAAUUAAAAUAUAUUGUUCCAAAUGAUA